CACUUUGCUCUCUCGCUCACCACCUGAUUGUCAACAGAGUAGCAAUGUCUGCCGUUAGCAGGGAAGAAAAGCUUUCAAAGAUGGAGAACGACGAGAAAACUUCCUCUGUAUCGAGCAGGUAAAUAAUUUAAUGGUAAAGUAAGACCACUGCAGUUUCGACUUCUUUUUUUGGCGUUUUCUUUUUAAGAUUUUUAUAGGCAACAGUGCGAAGCAUCAUUACGGAGCUGUCACAGUGUGUGCCUUCAUGGUACAGCCACCGUACCUUAUAGGAAAGUAGCAUGUCGCUGUCAUGGCAGCGAGGAAGUCCUCGUGUAAUAAGCAGCUUAUUACAGCUCUUUUACAAACUGGACCACUUCUAUCACUCUUUUCAUGGUUGUUACACUUUUCAUACGCUUCCUCCACUACAAGUUAAUCUAUCCAACCAAAGUAAACGAUGGAUAUUAGUAUCAACGAAAUCAAACAAAACUCUACUUUAAAUGUGUAAAAAUAGCGUAUAAUUGCUAAUAAUGUAGAGAAACCUAUGUAAAGCAUAAGCAAGAAGCGUGGCACGACGUUUUCAGCUUGGUACAAGUGAGUCAUGCGAAAGUGCAGCUCUCUGCCCUCCUCUCAGGGGGAAACACAAAGCUUCAGAGCAGCCUGACGCUCAGUGUAGGUGACUAACACUUCAUCUGAAUACACACACAGAGACGUCAUUUGUUUAAUUGACCCACUUAUAUAGCUCUUUGUAGCCACCCACAGUGAAAAAACCACGCUGUGUUUCUAAACCUUACUGAGCCACUAGAGGGUGUCACUGCACUGCUCUGCUCUCUGAGGGUUUGGUCCCAUAUGGCACAUCCACAGAAACACCCACUUUGUAAGGAUGCAAGAUGUUGUAUUUCUUGGACAUAUCCAAUAUGCCAUUUUUUACUCAUUUUGGCCAAUAUUGGUAUCAGUAAUGAUACACUUUUUUUUUUUAUUUCAGUUUGAAAAGCACGAAGUCUCACCUGUACCAGAAUUAGCACAUUACUCUUAUUGAUCUAGACCAGUGGUUCUCAAGUCCAGUCCUCGAGGCCCACUGUCCUGUAUGUUUUGGAUGUUUCCCUGCUCCAGCACACCUGAUUCAAAUAAUCAGUUCGUUAUUAAGCCAUUACAGAGCUUGAUAACGAGCUGAUCAUUUGAAUCAGGUGUGUUGGAGCAGGGUAACAUCUAAAACAUGCGGGACAGUGGGCCUCAAGGACUGGACUUGGGAACCACUGAUCUAGACUGUUUGUUUUAGAAAUUGACAUAAAACAAGAUCAUUUGUUCUACUGUUGAGGAUAGAUAUUAGGGCCGGACCGAUAUGGAUUUUUUGGGACCGAUGCCGAUACUGAUUAUUAGGGGGGAGAAAUACGAUAACCAAUUAAUCUGACGAUUUUUUAAAUUUUUUUGAAGUUAUAAAUAGAUAUAGUAUUCUAUAUACUGUAGAUAUAUUAUCCCAUCCCUAUUUCAAAAUAUGUCAAUACAGCUAUACGUUGAAAUUCUUACGUGAAGUUAGUAUCUUUUAUAUAUAAAGUAUUCCUCCAAAAUAGUUGGUUUAACAGGAAAAAAGCCUCAAAGACAUGGAUACAGCAGCAUGAAACAAAAUAAAUAAUGAUGAAUUUAUUGAAAGCCACAUGUAAACAAACAUCUUCUAGAAUUACAUUUUCAUUAUUUAAUAUUGGCGGUUUUGAAUCAAGUUUCUUUUCACAACUUUUGACAAGACAGUGAUUAAAAUUGGAGAAUAACAGUUCAUUUUACAGAUGUUUGAGUAACAUACUAAUUCAGUGCUUCUGUCUUUUUAUUUUUCAGUCUUUUAGACAGUAGCUGUCUUUGUAAGAUCUCCGCUCCUGACUGUAGAAUUAUUUUAAAUAAAUGCAACUCUAGUUUCAAUCAGUCCAUCAUGGUUUAAUUAUUGGGCAAAGUUGACAGUGAUUUAUUAAACAGCCCUGUAUGCUGCUCUUUUUUUGUCCACUCCCUGUCUAUAUAUUUACUUACAUAAGCAUGUCCUAGUUUCUAAGCAGUUCAGAACAGGCUUUUGGAAUUUGAAUCAUGUUGACACAUUUUAUACCUUUAUGACUCCCGCCAGGCUCCAGCAAUCACUUUCCUUUAACGAUCAAAGUCUGAAGCCUUAAAUGGGGCACGAGAGCAUAGACACAAAUGCACAAGUUUUUAUUGUUGAACUCAUAUUUGAACUUUUUUUUUCUUUUUUUGAUUUAUAGUAUACGUGCAUUUAACUUGAGCCCAGGGCUGUAACCCUGCUGUGCACCCCUGUAACCAUAGAGAGAGAUCUCUGAAUGUUUGGCAUAGCAACCAGUUCAGGUUUUUUUUUUCCUGCCAUGGCUUUCUUGUUGAGCAGCUGUCUUCUUUAAAGUAACAGCCACAGUCCCAGAACUACAUUGUAGAUAAGAGGAAAAACACUAAAUCCCCCGUGUCUCUCCCCUGUGGUUUUAAUGAGGAAGUCAACAGAAAUGAGGGCUUGUCAAAUCCACGAUCUAAAUAUUUGAGAAACACUUCCAAUAUUGGUCUAAGUCAUAUCCGGAGCUCCUGUGAGCAGCGUGGCUCUUAAACUGCGCUGAUCUGGAGAGCAAUUAGUCUGCCUGCAACCUAUGAUCUCUGAGAAUAAUGAUUUGUUUGUGUGUACAAGUGGUGGCUAGGGAGGACUGUGUCUGUGUGUUUUUGCAUGUGUGUGUGUGUGUGUAUCGCCUUGGGCUGCUCCUUAGACUGUCAGCUGACAGAGCAGUGGAGGUAGUGUUGGGUUUCAUCAUGCUGUUUAUUCCCACUGCACUCAGCCAGUGAAGUUGGGGAGGAGAUUUUUGUGUGUUUGUGUGUGUGUUUGCUGUCAUGCUGACGUCUCCAGACUCUAGUGUAAGGCAGUCAGAGACAUGGCGAAUCCCUGCAGGGGGAAAAAAAAAACACUUGCUGCCUCUCCUUUGCUGUUCCCCACUGUCCUCUUCUUUCUUUCUUUCCCCCCUCUCUUCUCCCUCUUCCUCCCUGACACAGCCUUAAGCGUUUCUUGUUGUGUAUCGGUUCCCUCACAUCAACAUCAGAGGAGAGCGGUAGCUAUUUGUUCUAUUCGCACUCCUGUUUUUGUUUCUUGUUUCCUGGUGUUCUCUGUCGCUCUCUCCCGGUCCCUCUUUCUCCUCCAGCCUCAUAUUGCAGUGCUGACUGUCAAAAACAGAUGACCCAAGCUUGGCAUGUAUGCGUGUGCUCUACGAGUGGGAAGGUCUGGCUCUAACCUGCUGCUAUUAAUAUCACCUAAUGAACAUAAUCUAGAGGGUAGGUUAUCCUCUUACAUUUGUUGGCCGGACGGCUGAGGGGCGGAGUGGAAAGCGAGGGAAAGAGGAGGGAAAAGCUGUGCUGGAGUUUUCACACUGAGUUCGCUCUCUCCAACAAGCUGCAGUGCCUUCUCUCUCUCUCUCUUUCUCUCUCUCUCUCUCUUUUGCUCCCUGAAUGGAAGAAUAGAAAGCUAAACAGCUGUGUAAAGUUUCAUUUCUCAAAGCCAAGUCCCCUUUUUGCCCAAACAUCUACCUGUCCCUCUCUCUCUCUCUAUCUCUCUCUGAAUGUGUAGUAGCAGAGGACGGUGCUGCAAAGUGCUUUAUGGUGCUUGAGUGUAUAAAUACCCUCAGUAAUCCUGUUUACAGUAAUAUAGAACUUAAAACACAACUUGCGGAGUACACACACAGUGGAAACCUCCCUUACAUUCUUCUCCAGUUAUGAACUCUCUACCGGCUUACUCUGGAGCUAGAAUAUCUGGCUGUUGGACUCUAAGAUCUGAUGGCAGGUAAGUUCAUUACAUUCAUUAACUUUCUUUUUUUUUUUGCGUUUCAUAGUUAACUAACAAUUUAAUUACUAGUAAUAAAGUUGUGUGAGUGUUUGUCUUACAAACCUGGAUAAACAGGAGCAACAACUCCGGCCUGGGGUGUGUAGCUGUAGCUUUCAGGUUUAUGUUGACACCCGGAGAAAGUAUGUAUACGCUUCGUCUAAGUGACACAAAUUGUCGUGAAGACGUUGUUUGCUGAUUUUAAUGUUGUGUUAAAGACCAGAUUACACAGUUUCAAGUUCAAGAGUGUUGCGAAUUUGUUAAAAGUUUUAAUUUCGUUGUGUCAGAUUUUAACCAACAGUAUUUUGUUCAACCUAGGGUUAGGGUUAGGGUCUUUAUUUUGAUGAUGAGAAAUGUUUGUUUUGAACCUCCUUUUAUCAUUCGUAAUAUCUUGACUUGGGUGUUUUUCCAGUACGAAACUUAAGGGUUUACAGUUCCCUUUUACAAGUUGAUACCUGUUGAUGUUUUUAGUGAAGACACACUAAUCGCUGACUUUAUUUGCAUAUAAAAGUUAGACAAGCCUGUAUAUAUUUGUGUAAUAUUUAAUGUUUAAUGUUCGUGCAUAGAGAGCAAAGUCUAGCAGUCAUUUUCCUUGUAUGUAAACACAUCCUUGGCGAAUAAAGUGGAUUCGGAUUCGGAUUAAGCGAGUUCUGAGUGUCACACUUUGUUGUUGUUGUUGUUGUUUUGGGACACUUAUUUAUUUCAUUGCCGUUUGUUUUUAAGGUUUCAAACUCAAAACUGUCGUGAAUGUUGUAAAAUUUUAAUUUAGGUGUGUCAGAUUGUAACCAACAGUAUUUUGUUCAACCUAGGGUUAGGGUCUUUAUUUUGAUGAUGAGAAAUGUUUAUAUACAUAUUUUGAACCUUCUUUUACCAUUUGUAAUAUCUUGACUUGGGUGGUUUUCCAGUACGAAAUACCCCUUUGAUAAAGGUUGAUGUUUUUAGUGAAGACAUACUAAUCGCUGACUUUAUUUGCAUAUAAAAGUUAGAUAAGCUUGUGUAUAUUUGUGUAAUAUUUCAUUUUUUAUGAUCGCACAUUGCGAGCAAAGUCUAGCAGUCAUUUUCUUUACACGUAAACACAACCUUUAGCUAAUGAAAUCGGAUUCUGAUUUAGCUAGUUCUGAGUGUCACACUUUGUUGUUGUUGUGUUACACUUAUUUUCUUACAGUUUGUUUUUAAGGGUUUUUAUUGGUUUUAUUGGCUUUAAUAGUUUCUUAACUGCAUUUAAGUAGUGGGCUCUUGUAAGUUUUUAAAGAUACAACUUUGUUGAUUUCAGCUCUGUGACCCAGCCCUAAGUUACAACCGUCCACUGUCGACUUUCAAAUCACAGCCAUAAUUCAUUGUGAAGUUCACCCGCAAUCUUGUCUCAGGUACCCUUCACUGGACCUAACAGCCCAUCCCUCCAUUGUAUUCAUAGAUGACUCUGUAAAGAGAAGUGCGCCUGUAAACUCUCUAAACAAGGGAAUGAUUCAGCACAGUCAACCAGGCUAAUCUUUUAUAGCACCCUGGUUUAGUUUUAACUGAUAACCCAGCUCAAGUGCGCUCGGCCCCAUGCAUGUUUCUCUGAGUUUUUCAGCACGCUCUCUUGCUCCAUCUAAACCCCGAUGACCCUGCUCGGAUAAGAUAAAUCUUUGCUCUCUCUUGUUUGCCUCACCUCUGUCCUCUUGUCACUGCACCUACGGAGGUGCACGGCCUAUAUAUAAAGAAGUACAGGGCAAGAAUUGGCUGACUAACAGAAAACGACAGAGGCUUCUAGGAGGACUACCACAAGGUCUACUAAAGUUAUGGCAUCAGGCUUUUUACAGACUUCACUGGGUGAAGUGUGGAUGUCUCGGAUUCUGCAGUAAGUUGUUUCUAGCAACCGUUACUCAGGCACACUUGUCACUGUGAGAAACUUGGCAGUGUUUGUUUAACUCAUGCUUCAUGAUGAAAGUUCUAGGUUAGGGUUAGGGUAAGGGUUUUUUUCUGUCCAAGUAUUUUCUUUCUACAGACUUACAUAUUUUUUAAAAAAAUUAGACAUCACAGAAACUACGUUUUUUGAAGACUGAAGCUUUCCGAGGGUUUCAGACUCGGUUUAAAUUCAGGAUGGAUCACUCAGCAGUGGGUUAGACCAGUAUUUGUACCAUUGUUUAUUGUUCCGAAUCCUAAGUAGCCACAACCAUUGACUGAUUGCUGGUUCUUAUUUCUCCUUUCUCCUUGUAAUGUCAUGAAAUAAAACAGUUUUGAAAGUGAAAAUAUGAGACACAAGUGGAGGCUGCGAUCCUGAAACAUGAUUUAUCAGAGGUUGGAGUGUUUAUGGUUUUGUCUGUGUUGCAACAGACUUCAGGUGUGUAACUUGUGACACUAGAUAAUAGACAUGCAUCGGAUUUUUAUCUUUUAAAGAAAGUGUAAAAAACUGUUGUAAUAGGGCCUGACCGAUAUGGAUUUUUUUGGGGCCUAUGCCAAUACCGAUUAUUAGGGGGGAAAAAAUCCAGUUACUGAUUAAUCUGCCGAUUUUUAAAAAAAAUUUAUGAAGUUAUAAAAAAUACAUAUAUAAUGUAGAUAUCUACAGUCUAUAUGUACAGUAUACUAUAUAUUGUAGAUAUACUGUGGGCACCGAUCGGUGCCUUCACGUCUUCACUCACUUUACUCAUUUCCGGUCCGGUCUCACCUGGAGACAUGCAGCUGCCUCAGUAAGAGAAGUAGCUUAAUCACGUAAUGUGUACUGUUGUUUAUUCUACCGUUACUGGCACGGCUAACAGUGUAGCAAGGCUAAUAGCAGAUGGCUAACUCUAACUUUAGCUUGCAUAUUACAUGGUGCUUCACUGUUAACUCGGCGUGACCAAGACCAGCACAGCGGGGAACAUCGUGAAGUGGGUUGAACUGAAACUUGUUGACUUAUUGUGUACUUCACAAACUGGUUUAUUUAGCGUUGAGGCGGACCACUCUCCUCCGUGUGUCCCUGAGCUGCCUGCUUAAGAUCCGUCACUCUGCUGUGCUGUGAGGUAGUUAGUGAAUAAGAUUGUCAUGAGGUCGCUGCGCCAUCUACAGGAUAAGUUGAGGGAACUUUUCAAAUGGUGGAACAUUUUCGAAGUGAAGCCGGAUCCUAUUCUCUGCAUUUUAUUUUGGCGACAAUUGACAAGCUUUGGCCGAUUACCAGUUAGUCUCAAACUGGCUAAAAUUGGCCAAUUAAUUCAGCUCGCUGUUAAAUCGAUCUGGCCCUUGUAUCAUUAUUAUUUUAUGAAGUGUUAAAGAAAGGUUGUAUCUAAUGCCCACCUCUGAAGGUAGCCCCCCAGUUGGGCCUCCCCUGGCUAAAAAACUCUAGACAUGCCCCUGCAUCAGUGGCCUCAGUAUUGUAUCCUCAGUAUUGUUGUUGUUUUGCGCAGUAAAUGAUAUGAUAGAUGAGCACAAUAAGUUUGAAUAGUUCAUGCAAACUAACUCCGGAGCUGCUUUGAAUAAGCUCCUGGUCAUUUGUUUGCCGUUUGGCUAUCUUGUCGUCUGUAACAAUUACAUCAUCAUUACAGGGAUGGUAAUGAUUGGUAACAACCGUAGAGUAAUGUGUACUCAGGAGUGGGUUACAUAAUCCAGCUGUGGUCAUUGGGAUGUUUUUCUCAUCCAGUUAACAUGCUGUGUUAUGACCUUUUGUACCUUCAGGAGUCGUUCUUUACAAGGUAUGCCAAAGUUGAUGUGCUGAAGAUGAAAAAAUAAACAUUAACCCACAAUAACAUGUAAAACCUACGCCAAGCUUUGUUUACUGGCAGCUUUUCUAUCAUCGCUGCAGACAACAGCUGAUUUUUGGUUCUGAAAACAAAACUCCUGCUAAGGUUGCUAAAAGUAACAUCAUAAAAAAGUAUUAUAAGUCCGAAAUAGUCCCUUAAUUGUAACCUUUAAAGCACAUUUUGUUGUCUGCUCUGUUGUUUCCUCACAGUGGAGGUGGUGAGGGAUCACUGGACCGCCUCCUUCCCUCAGUAAGCACAGGCCUCUCACCCAGGAAAAGGACCACCAGCCAGUGUAAGUCUGAGCCGCCUCUCCUACGCACAUCCAAACGAACCAUCUACACCGCUGGCCGCCCACCAUGGUACAACGAACACGGCACGCAGUCCAAGGAGGCCUUUGUCAUCGGUAAGAUACUGAGACUGAUGCUCGCCAAGAUGUUGUUCUCUUUCUUUCUUUCUGGAUUGUUCUUUAGUUUUCUAUAAAAAUACAAUCUCAUCAACCAAAUACAUGAUCCAAAUACACCAGAAAAACUACUUAUCACUUAUAUCCGUCUGUGUUUGUUUGGGUGUCCACAUAACACCUUUAAAAUGUGAGUGUAUCAGAUUCCUGUGUGAGUAAGCUUCUGUCCUAAAUUGACCCACAUGCUCCAAAGAACAACAAGGAUGUCAGACGCAGGGCGGUGUUUACAGACGAGAAUCCAGUCUAGCAGCAAGUGAAGUGAGCGUGGUCAAAACAAAAACUUUAAACCUCUCAUUCCUUGUUUUUCUCCUAAAUAUUAUGCGUUUACUGAAGCUUUGAUGGUUUUAUAAGUGAAAUUUGAUUGAUUUCCGGACAUCUGCUUCCAAACACUGUCACACAGACAACAGUGGAAAAGUUAUAUGAGCAUGAUUUACUGCAGCUAUUGUUUGUUUUUUUUUCUCUCUAUGCACAUAGUCGUGGGUGUAGCUUGAUUUAAAGUUCAGGGUUCAAGAGAAGAGAGUGAUAAGUUAAUCCUAACUCUAAACCUAAACAGAGUCAAACUCACAAAAACAAUCUCGAUACAGGAGAUUCUGUUUUAAAAACCUGCUCUCAUGAGAAUCCUGACUGUGUUUCUACCUGCCUCUCCUUUCCUCAUGCAAAUAACAGCCUGGAGCAACCCCAGCAUGUAAUUAAGAGGGUGUCAAGCAGGCCUCACUAAAUUCUCACCGAAGAUGCUUAAAAUUUUUGGUUUUGUGUCCAUCUGUGUGUGUCGCAGGUCUGUGUGGGGGCAGCGCUUCAGGAAAGACAACAGUGGCAAGGAAAAUCAUUGAAGCUCUUGAUGUACCAUGGGUUGUUCUGCUCUCGAUGGACUCUUUCUACAAGGUGUGUGUGUGUCUACUUCCACGCAGCAAUGCACAUGUUUGCAUAUGUGAGUUCCCUGCGACUUAAAACGAAUGUUCGCUACAUUUUGACGUGUUUGCACAUGUCCCAUAGAUUUAAAAACCGAUGUCAGGUGAGUCUAAAAAAAAUCACUCUGCCCUUUUAUUAUUACUUUAUUCCUGUCUUGUACGGCUGCCAAACUCUCUGUGGUUUGAAGGAAGGGUAGGGGAGAGUGAGACAGAGUGCAGGAGACAGAGUGAAAGAGAGAAAAUAGGAUUACUCUGGGGUCCUGGAGGGAAAAUGAGGAUAAAAGGAGUGACUGGAGAGAGAAAGGAGACAGAGAGGAUAAAAUAUUAGAAGGCAGAUGAGUCAAAAGAGAAGCACCGUGGUGAGCGAAAUGGGGAGAGAAAAAGAGUGGUGGUGAAGUGCAAUCAAGCAAGAGCCACCAUUCUUGCCCCUCUAUACCUCCACCCACUCUCCGGUUAUGUAAUCCUGUCACAAUCUGACAGCAGCAGUUCAGACUAUGCGGAGUGGGAGAGAUUCACCAGUGGCCACUGGUACUGUAGCCCUCAGCGCUGUAAUACCCGGGGUUGGCAUUCAAAACGCUUCAUCUCGAAUUGACGUCUUUUUUUGUUUUCCUACAUCCUUUCUUCAGCGAGGGGUUCCCUCUUGUUUCCUCACAGCCUCCACAGAUCCUGUAACACCGGUUCAUCAUAUUAAGUGUUAAAUCACUUCACUUGAGAGAGAGGGGGGGGUGUUGCUGCUUUGAAACUGCCAAAUACCAGAUCUGGGGUUUUAAUGCUCAGCCACCCUGAGGCCACACACACACAUAGACACUCUCAGCACCUGGUACAGACGUCACAGUAGGCACAUGAUGUUCUCCUAAAUUUAGGCCCCCCUAACUUCUACUGCUCCUGAACAGAGAUCCGUGUCCAAGUGUUUUUUGCACAGGCUUAUGUAAAUUAAAUGCAAAAUCAUUAUUUCCACUCUUACAUAAAACUAAUUUUUUGCACGGUUGAUGUUUCUUGCGAUCCUCAGGUCCUGUCCCCGGAAGAGCAGACCCUCGCGGCCAGCAACGACUACAACUUCGACCACCCCGAUGCCUUUGACUUCGAUUUGCUCACGCACACCCUGCGCAAACUCAAACAGGGCAAAAGCGUGAAGAUCCCGGUGUAUGAUUUCACGACCCACGGCAGACAGAAGGAGUGGGUAAGGCUGAGCAAAUCCAUUGUGCAUCAGUACUUGUGCACUCAGUGAGAUAGUGUCUUUCGUCAGCCUAUCAGAGUUCCCACAUAUAAUCUGAGUUUUUCGAUUGCCUAAGAGGGUUUUAAUCCCCCUCUCUUGAGGCUCGGAGUCACAUUGCACUCCAGAUGGUCUCUAACGAAGUAUAAAUGUGCUUUCAUUCUGCUUGUAUUUAUACUCAAAUAUCCAUUAGUAACAGUUAUACCACAAUCUGGGGGAAUACUUGAUUCUGAUUGGCUGUAGAGGGACAUAUUCCCGAGGAUGGACACCCCCUUGAUAGAUCUCUGAAACUUACUCAUUUAAAUUAAUGCAUUCGCAACAGAGAUUCAUCCCAUUUUUUUAAAUGAGUAACCAUAGCAACAGGGAUACAGUCAAAGCCUAUGUCUCCAAUUUAACGCAGCUUGUUAAAACUAAGAGAAAUCAAUAACGGCUUAACAUAUAAGCGACAUACGACAAUUGAAAUGAGAGAAAAAUGAGAAUUUUACACGACUCAUAAACUAUGCAGUCUUGCUGUUAAGACUUUUAAAAAGUCCUGCAUUACCAAGUAAUAUCAGAGAUCUACUCCAGUGAAUAAAUCCUAAGGCGUUACCAGGGAAACUGUGUUGCAGCUUGAUGAAAACUUGAGAUUUUGACUGCAAAACUGAUGUAACCACAAAAUUAUGCUAAUUUAUUUUCUUCACUAAAUGACCAUAGUGUCUCAUCGUUCUCCUGAAAUCAGAAAAUGAAGUUUAAUUUCUAAAACUGAACAUUUAAUCAGGCGGUAUGUCUCUCUGAUUUACAGUUCAAGAACUUUACUCAGUGGGAAGUUUUGAUUUAUUGUUAAUUAUACUCCCACAAUAAGGAGUCAUAAACAUGUCUAUGCACUCUAUCUCUUCCACACUGUACUGCAACACUGAAAUGAUGUAUGUCCACCACAGAAAACCGUGUACGGAGCCAGUGUUAUCAUCUUCGAGGGGAUCAUGGCCUUCACAGAUAAAAAGCUUUUGCAGGUAAGCCAAGGUUACUGGCUUUCUAUUUGAUCAGCUGGUCGGUGGAAGACGGCUGUGUCAGGUUCAUUCUUAUCUGUACAUUCGAUCAAACAACAAGUUUGUUUUUCCCAGUUUUAUCCCCUGAGAUGACCGAGAAAUGCUGAAUUUACAUGAGUUUGAAUUAAAAUAUCCUCCAGAGAACAAUUACAAGCUUAUUUUUUUAAAUGUAGAUUGUUAGAAUUUAAGGAAUUUAUCUUUAAAUAGGAUACUUUCUUUAUUCUGUCACAUUGUUGACAGCUCGUUUAAUGCUCAGCCAAAAAAAAACAACAUUCUCAGCGAUUAUGUGUUGAAAAAACAUCUUUAACUCAAGCGUUUAUGAACAUAUUUUACUCAUAAAUAUGAAUUUUCAGUUAUAAUAUGAUAGUUUAUUUCAAAGACAGGGUUCAUUCCUCUGUAUAUUCUUUGUAAAACUCACUUUUAGACCUAUUCGUUUUCAGGAUUUCUCACCAGACAGGGUCAAAUUUGUAAGCAGAGUUUUGACGUAACUUGUUUGCUAAACCGUGAAUCCACAUUUUGAUCCAGGGCGCAUGUGAAGAAAACAAAAAUAGAACCAGAAGGGUAUAAUUAGCCGGUCUUUGUGGGAAUGCGCGCUAUGAGGUUUCAUUUUCAGCUCAAGGUUUUCUCCCUGUUUCAUUUUCUCUCCUGUCAGUUACUCGACAUGAAGAUAUUCGUGGACACCGACUCUGACAUCCGGCUGGUGCGGCGCUUGAGGAGAGACAUUUCAGACAGAGGCCGAGACAUCGAGGGCGUCAUCAAACAGUACAACAAGUUCGUGAAGCCAGCAUUCGAGCAGUACAUCGAGCCGACCAUGCGUCUGGCUGAUAUUGUCGUGCCACGUGGUGCGUGUACAUUCCUUUCCCACAUGUGUAUACCAAUUACAUAACAAGUAAGAUACUAGUGUCGUAAAAAGGACUCAGAGUGGAGAGCUUCUGGGAUUGACUGCUCUGAAACUGAACUAACACUCAAUGUUUUAGAUAUCCCACGAUUUGCACACUUUAUUCAUGUUUUUGUUUUUGUUCCUACAGGUGGUGGAAACAUGGUGGCCAUAGAUUUGAUAGUGCAGCACGUCCACAGCCAACUAGAAGAGGUAACCGACAAGUCAAUCUUGAUUCACAAUUGACUGUUGUGGCCUUCAUUCCACUUAGUAAAGGUCUAACUGUUCAAACUGAAGCGCAUGAAGUAAAAAUCGAGAUGAUCUGCAUGUAGAAUGGUCGGUAAUUACAAGCUCCAUCACUCCCUCUAGUGGCCUUAAAGUGCACUAAAUCAGUUUGAGGGAAGGUGUGUGGUUGUUUUGUGCUUCCUUGAUUAGCUGGAAAUGAAAAGGUUGAGAAAGUAAUGAGAUCAAAAUGAAAAUUUAGACCAGAAUAAACAAUUUUCUGUCAUUUUUGUAUUUUGUCGGUUGAUGCGAAGCAGCAGAAACUACUAACUCGUCACUCUUGAAGAAGAUCUUGAUUUUUUUUUAGUGAAGGACAUGUUUUAUCCUAAGUACAGUUGUAAUCUGAAAACACUUGAUCUUCUUCAGAGGGUCUAGAUAUGAGGAUAAAAGGUGUUGUAUCUCAGGAUGAAGAUAUGAAAAGAGAAAGGAAAAACCGAAAUCUUAUUAUUCCAACCCAAUCCAAUCCAAGUUUAUUUCUGAAGCACAUUUUAAAAAGUGCUGUACAGUAAAGGUUAAAAACAAUAGAAAGAGACAAUUAACACGAACUAUUAAACAAAGGCACAGGAACACGUUAAAAACAGGGGGACGUAGAUGGUUCAGUAAAAACAUGAUUAAAAGGCCAAGUUCUCAGGAGUUAAAAGUGGGUUUUCAAAUUUGAUUUAAAAACAGGCAUUGAGGGGGACAGUCUGACAUAAGGAGGAGGGCAUUCCAGAGUUUAGGCACAGCAAUGGAAAAUGGUAUAUAUUUUCAAACAGGUCAAACAUGAAGGAUAAAUCCAAGCUUUAGACAUUUGCAGCUCAACGAUUUGAUAUUGAUAUUAACUCAUGUGAAACUGAUUUCAAGAUGGUAUAAAUGUGAUAUAUAGGUUUGCAUUUAUAAUAGAGGAGUUAUCCAAUCCUAAUACACACUUCUUUGCCAGUAAUUGCAUGAUCCUAAUUAAAAGCUGUAGCUUAUUCUGCGCCUCUUCAGAAUAAGCCUUUCAUACUGAACCAGUGUGCCGCUCUGACCUUUGGACGUAUAUUGUGCAACACGCACUUAGUGACACUAAAGGCGCAUUUUAGCUGGUGGGGACCACUUUGUGCCACAGUGCAGUUUGCUUUGUUUCCUCCCCACUACACACACACAAACACAAACAUUAACCCACACACACUGCUGAUGGACUGCUCUCUCACUCUCUCUCCCCCCCACCUCCCCUCCACCCCAAAUCCCUCCGUGGCUCACAGCGCGAGCUCAGCGUCAGGUAGAGUGGCCUUUAUCCUUUCUGUCAUUCUCUCCUUGCCAUCUGUUCGGUUUCCCCCCCACCCCCCAACUGCUCCAGCUUCUCACUGGGAGAGAGAGAGGAAAAAAAAAGAGGCCAGCAAAACCAACCUCUACCUUUCCACUGAUCUGCUGGCUGCCAUGGCACAUCACCAGGCGGCACUGUUGUAUCUGUAGAGCAAAUAUGCCUAAUUAGUGAUCUGUCCUAAGAGAAUGAGUCUGUGCCAAAGUGCUGUAAAGACCCCCACACCAGUACAAAACCAAGUCUGAGACUUCAUACAAGCUGCAGACGACAUUUAAAAGUGAAACCAAGAUCAAAAGUUUGGGUUCGGUGCGGUGCAGCCAGCAAUUAACAUAAAGAAGUUGGUUUUCCUUCUCUCUACUUUUUAGAGAAAUGACAACUCACACUCUUCCUGCCUUAUGUGUCUAAAAAUACACCAAUGAAUCAAGUCACUGACCCCUCCUUUCAGCAGCAUCAAGAAAAAAGAGAGAGUGAGUGUAACAGAAAGCGAGAAAGAGAGAGAGAGAGGGAGGAAGCUCUUGCUACAGCUAUUGUCGACUAUUAUACACCUCAGCCACAGAGAAAGUUUCCAAUACCCUACUACAAAGUGCUGACUUUUUCCAUUGAAUGUCGGCCACAGCGUGUGUGUGUGUGUGCGCGACAGAGAGAGAGAGAGAGAGGAAGUGAGCUCGGUGUCUGUCUUUAGACACAGGAUGUGCUGGGGCCUGUGAGCUGAAAUACCAACCUGUACCGUACGACACGGUGAAAGAGUGACAGCCGCACGAAAGCUGGUGCACCUCCCACGCAAACACGCAAUAGAUGCACGUGUACACACAACUAAAUCUCGUCUAAAUUGCAAGUGCAAGCAUAGACUGUUACCUGAAAUGUUGUUCUCUGAAUUCAAACAUUUAGAGACGAGAAAAUGUUAAUUCACUCCAAGGUAGCAGCUUUCAACAGUAUCUUGUCUCAGCUGUCACACUUUCCACUGUGUUUGAUAUUCCCUUCAUCCACCUGAUUUUUUUUGUCUCUUCUCAUUUUUCCUCUUCUUAUCAGUUGUGUUUUUUUUUUGUCUUUUCUGUGUCCCCUCUGUCGUGAUUGUUGUGUUUUGUCCAAAAAUAAAAAAUAAUCACUCCGUAGAGGAAACUUCGCUGGGAUAUGUGAGCAGAUUUGCUAUGAUUUCUCUUUUCUCUGCAUCUUGCUGAUUGAUAUCUCAGUGAUGGUGUUGAUAUACUAGCAGUAGUGUCAGUGUGACUGCCUCACUGGGUAUUUGCAGCGGUGUGUGUGUUUCUUUUAGAGCCAUACGUAGAGUGAGGCUUACCAGAGAUCUAAACCUCAUGUGUGGAAACCCGCAGAAUAGUUACAAUAGAGGAGACCUGUCAUGGAAAAUAACCACUGAACGUUUAUUUAAAGGAGUCAAAGUGAAAUUCAAAGUAACUUUUGUUCACUGUUAUCUGAUUGAAUUUUUAUCCUCUCUGAAAAAAAACUACGACAAAGUUCUUUUCCAUCAUCAUGGUACGAAAGAGGAUUAGGGCCACAUGAAGAGAACAAAAAUUAUUGCAGGAAGGAGAUUAAAGUCAAAAUUUCAAGAUUACGAAAUGUCGAAAUGUGACUAAUGUCAAAUUUCAAGAUUAAAAAUUAAAAUUUCAAGAUUAAAGUUGAAUUUUCAAGAUUAAAAAAUGUCAAAAUGUCAUGAAUAAUGUCAAAAUUUUGUGAUUAAAAAUAUGUAAUUUUGAGAUUAAAAUCUAAAUUUCGAAUCGAAAUGUGAAUUAUGUCUAAAAUUCAAGGAUAGAAAUUGAAAUUUCAAGAUUAGAAAAGGGAAUUUCAAGAUUAAAAUCGAAUUUUCGAGAUUACAAAAUGUCGAAAUGUGACUAAUGUCAAAAUUUCAAGAUUAAAAAUUGAAAUUUCGAGAUUAAAGUCGAAUUUUCGAGAUUAAAAAAUGUCAAAAUGUUGUGAAUAAUGUUGAAAUUCUGUGAUUAAAAAAAUAUGUAAUUUUGAGAUUAAAAUCUAAAUCUAGAAUCGAAAUGUGAAUUAUAUCAAGAAUUCAAGGUUAAAAAUCUAAAUUUCAAGAUUAAAGUCGAAUUUUUGAGAUUACAAAAUGUGAAUAAUGUCGAAAUUAAAAUUUUGACUUUUAUCUGGAAAUUUUAACUUUAAUCUCAAAAUGGAAAUUAAAAAAAUCUCCUCCUGUAAUUGUUUCAUUUCUUCUUGUGGCCCUAGUCCUCUUUCAUAUCUCGGUCUCUGUGUUGUUGUGAUUUUCUGCUGAAAUACUCAAAACUGGCACUUUACUCUUGAAAAAUCAGUGUGUCUGCCUUUUCUUCUUAAACACUGCUCUUUAUUAACUUUAACUCAAUAAUCCCUCAUGUGUUCUGCUUGUACUCACACGUCUGUCUGUGUGUGUGUGCGUGUGUGUGUUUGUUUCCUGAACAUGCACACAUUUUACACACCUGCGUGCCAGGAAGCGCUAAUCACACUUAUUUAUGUUUUAUCCAUGUGUCUGUCCAUCUUCCAACCGUGCAAUUCGCUAUCUGUUGCCAUGGUUACAGGGCAGCCCUGGCCUCCGCACACCAGGCCCAGCCCCUCCCUCAGACCCUCAGCGUUCUGGAGAGCACGCCCCAAGUCAGGGGCAUGCACACCAUCAUCAGGUACGAGUUCACACACCUGAUUUGUUACCUGAGCGUCCGCGUCUGUUCUCAUGACAAAUAAUCCCUAACUUUUGUUCUCUCUCGUCGCCAUAUUUAGAAACAAGGAAACCAGCCGUGAUGAGUUCAUCUUCUACUCCAAGAGGUUGAUGCGUCUGUUGAUUGAGCGGGCGCUCUCCUUCCUCCCCUCGCAGGUGCCAAACACACUGUUAAUUAAUUCAUUGCACUGCGUGGAGGCUCUGUAAUCCUCCAUAAGAAGUAGAACAUCGACUCUAAACUGUCAGAUACCUGAGCGUAGAGGUAGACGUGUAGGAGAGGGGAAGUGUUAGACAGAUUGGCUUCAGAACAAGACCAUGCAACAGAGCGAAAGACAGCACAGUGAGAUGAAGAUGCAUGGAAAAAAGAGUGAGAGUUUAUUUUUGUAAAAAAAAAAAAAAAAAAGAAAGACACAGAUACAAGUGUUCGCAUUGGCCUGCAGCUAGAGGAUGGAAACUUACCAAGUUACCACAAUGGAAAGUUUCCAUCUUCAACCAGAGACAAAGGUUAGAAAUUCACAUAAAACACGACGCUGACACUGUCAAAUUCACAGAAGCCAAUCAAACUAUCACCUGUGAUCACCAUUGUUCUCACUCUGUUAUGAUGUUUAAUAUUAUCUCAGGUCCAUGUAGUCCAGACACCCCAGGGAGAGGAUUAUGAAGGCAGGACUUUCCACGGAAAGAGGGUGAGUGAACUCCAUUUGCUUCCUGCCGUCUAUCCUUGAGUCUUCUUUUUUUUUUUUUCUACCUUCAGGUCCAUUCAGUAGAGUUCACUUGAUCUAGUGCAAUUAACCUCUGUUAUAUUUUUUCCGCUUUUUUGUUUUCCCCUCAGAUCACAGGGGUUUCCAUCUUACGAGCCGGGGAGACGAUGGAGCCGGCCCUGAGAGCUGUGUGCAAAGAUGUCCGCAUUGGCAAGAUCCUCAUCCAGACCAACCAGGACACAGGAGAACCAGAGGUGUGCAUUCAUAUUUCAGCUCGUAGAUUCCUAGUAAUGUUCUCUUAAGUCCUGCAUGUGGCCUCUUUCCAGAGAAAUGUGUGUUUAUUUGUCGAUUAGCACUUUUCAAACAUGAUCCUGAUAUGUGUUACUGUAGUUUGUCACUUUUAAUCUUACUUUUGGAGUUAAUACGUCAUCUUGUCACUUUGGGGGAUUUCUGCUCCACGUCACCUGUAAUCUAUAUACAGGAUGGUACUGGUCAUGUAUUUACCCACAUCCUGUCUCUAAACAUUUCCAGCUCCAUUACCUGCGUCUCCCUAAAGACAUCAGUGAAGAUCAUGUGAUUCUCAUGGACUGCACCGUGUCAACAGGAGCGGCCGCCAUGAUGGCUGUUCGAGUCCUACUAGUGAGUGAUCCAGAAUUUCCUCAAGUCUAAACUACCUUUGAAGAAUCUCACUUGUCAUAUAGUUUAAUGUAUCGUCUUUUUCAGGACCAUGAUGUUCAGGAGGACAAGAUCCUGCUGGUGUCUCUGCUGAUGGCAGAAAUGGGAGUCCAUUCUGUGGCGUACGCAUUCCCCCAGGUCAAAAUCAUCACCACCGCUGUGGACAAGAAGGUCAAUGACCUCUUUCACAUCAUACCUGGCAUUGGUGAGUACUAGUAGUGAAAGAAGAAAACAUUAUGACUUGACAUGUCAUCUUGGGCUCUAUUUUCGUGCCUCGCCAGCGGCGUGGCGUAGGCACAGUGUAAGUCAGGUCAGCCGCACCGACAAGGCUUUCUCAAGCACAUUUUGGUAUCUGCUGACUCAGAAUAUUGGCUGUUGUUGAUUAUUUAUUGCACUAAAAUGUGCCUGCCAUGUGGAAAUGUGGAAACCUGCCAGUGAUGCAUUGGUGACGUAUGCGCACUACGCCGCCAGUCUACCAAAAUACCACUAGACCAGCUACGCUUACAGCGCACUUUCUACGCCACCGACGGGCACGAAAAUGUCACUGCGCCAGCUGCCCAGCUUGGCGAACCUCAGCGCCUCAGUCUACCAAAAUACCAAACUGACUGUGCACCGGGCUCCACCAGAUGAAAAUACCACUGCGUAGGGUCCGCCACCCUCCACUGGCGGGCACGAAAAUAGAGCCCCUUGAUUUGAACUGAGGAUUUUCUUGUAUUUCUCUCCUUUCAGGAAACUUUGGGGAUCGAUACUUUGGAACAGAUGCACCCCCAGACUGGAGCGACGAGGAGAUGGAUGAGCCCAGUUACUGAUGACAUUUUUGGCAUUGCACUUACCUCUUGAAAGACUAAAGACUGUUGCCUUUUGGAGACCAUAAGAACAAACUGUUUUGCUUUUGCAAGGCCAUAACAUGAAUCCAGCAAGGUCCGAAAAAGGCGCAGUGAAGAAUCAACCCAAACAAGACGAAUGCAGUGCUUAUACACCGCCACUCUUGCUGACAUCGAAGCUACACUGUGUACAUUCUGUUGUUGAAAGUUGUGUUGUAAAUUCAUGGAUAUUUUUAUAUGUACAGUUUUAGUUCAGAUAUUUUAUUUGAGAGUUUAAAUCGUGACAAUCUCUGUGUUGAAGUUUUGAAGGUGUUUUUUUUUUUGGAGAAUAUAUCUAGCCUUAAGCCGUGAACUGUGGCUGACACAACUGAAUGUGAAUUUGCACGUGCGCGGAGAAGAGACAUAAACGCCACACUUUAAAGGUGAUUUUCUACCACAUACCUUUCUCACAACUUUUACAAAAAAGUUAAACUGUAACACGAACUUGUGCGGCUCAACUUCCAUCGCCAUGAGCACUUUCUGAAGGACCAUUCAAUCGGAAAAUGUGUAGGUGUAUCUAUCUUUUCUUUUUUUUUUUUAAGCUCUCUGGUUCAACUCUUUUUUCCUUCUCAGUCGACGCUGACCUAACCAGAUAAAAUGGGUGUUAAAAGCCAUUUUUGAUUAUACAGCUUUAAGUAUGCACUUGUGGUAUGCAGCAUGUUCUUUCAUUUACAUAUUUUAGCUAUGGAGAGAUGUGACCAGUCAGCAGGCGAGCCAGACAUCUUUUUUACGGUUUUUACCGCUCUGAAAAGUGGGUCAAUGCGUUUAACCAACACAGAUUAUUUUAGUCUCACACAUACUCGGGGUCUGAUUUUGAGUUUCGAACGCUGAAGAUUAGUGCCUGAUGUUUUAACGUGGAGUCAGUAUUGAGGUCGGUGCCUUUUUUUUUAAAAACAAUGCCUUUAUAUUUACAGAAAUAGGCGGCCUGUUUGCGGUUCUUUGUAAAAAAAAAAAAUGAGGCAUCAGAAGGAGAAAUAAUUAGAAUUUAGAAACUUAAAUAUCAUUUUUUGUCACUUUUAGCUUCAGUAAUUUAUCACAAAGUCUGUAUCAUUUUUAAUUUUUUACCUCGAACAGGUAUUCAUGUUUUCUUUUUCUGCACAGAACCAGAGAUGCAAAACAAAAAGGGAAAAAACAAGUUGCUAAAACUCUGCAACUUUGCUGUUACCACUGUAGCGAACACCUUUAUUUUUCCAUUCAGUCACCUGCUGCUGCUGCUGCUGCUGUACCAUUUGUUCUCACUGCUCAAUACAACUGUACUUGAUUUCAUUGAUUGUAUUUGCAGCCUGCGUGCUGCUCUCAUUUCAUCAUGUGUGCUGCAUGUUUUUUACAUAUAUAUAUAUAUUUAAUAAAAGUGCAAUAGAGCUUUUAAAACACUCUUUAUGUAGUAUUUUAUUCAUGUUGCAUGUGAUUCUGUUCCUUUAUCUCACCCUGGUCACAUAUAGGUCAUGUUGAAACCACUUUUUGGUGAGGGUUACAGAAACGUGCCACCGACUCCUCACCGUGUCGUGAAUAUAUAUAUAUAUAUUUCUACCUCAGUCAAACCUUUCUAAACAGAAAACAACAUUGCACACUUUGAAAAACAAACAGGAAGGAUAUUGUGGUUGUCCUCUUCUCAUGGAAAGCAACCUCGAUAUCUCCCAUCACUUUCCAUAAUUAUCACUCUGACAGCUGUCAAGACGCCAGCCACGCUAAAGUAUGAUUGACACUCAUUUGAUGAGGCUGAUGGACAAUUACAAAGCGUCAGCCUAUUAGGCAGAUAUUGACCCACAGGAGGCGUUUUUUUUCUGUGGGGGAGGAGGUGUGAGAAGGACAGGCAAAAGACGUGCAAGAGCUAAGAAUAUCAGC